UUCUUCCUCUUCCACUCAAAUCUCAAAAAAACCCAACCUUUACUAUUUUGUUUCUUCCUCACUUCUCCUCUCUCCAAUGGCUUCCUUAUCCUUCGUCUCAUCCUCUCACCUCACUCUACGCCGCGCUCCUUCUCCCAACCCACGCUCUUACUCCUCCUCCUCUCCCCGCUCAUUCUCCGUCAAGGCCCAAUCCGUCGCGCUCUCCCAAGACGACCUAAAGAAACUCGCCGCCGAGAAAGCCGUCGAAUCCAUCAAACCAGGAAUGGUCCUCGGCCUCGGAACCGGCUCCACCGCCGCCUUCGCCGUCGACCAGAUCGGAAAACUCCUCUCCUCCGGCGAGCUCCACGACAUCGUCGGCAUCCCGACAUCAAAGCGAACCGAAGACCAAGCCCGAUCCCUCGGCAUCCCGCUCGUCGCGCUCGACACGCACCCCAGAAUCGACCUCGCCAUCGACGGCGCCGACGAGGUGGAUCCGAAUCUGGACCUCGUCAAAGGCCGCGGCGGCGCGCUUCUCAGGGAGAAGAUGGUGGAGGCCGUCGCGGAGAGGUUUAUAGUCGUGGCUGACGACACGAAGCUCGUGACGGGGCUCGGAGGGAGCGGGCUCGCGAUGCCAGUGGAGGUUGUUCAGUUCUGUUGGAAGUUUAAUUUGAUUAGGUUGAGGGAUCUGUUUAAGGAGUUUGGGUGCGAUGCGAAGCUGAGAGUUGAUGGAGAUGGGAAGGCUUAUGUUACGGAUAAUAGUAAUUAUAUUAUUGAUUUGUAUUUUAAGGAGCCGUUGAAGGAUGGGUUUGCUGCGGGGAGGGAGAUCGGGAAGUUUGAAGGUGUGGUGGAGCAUGGUUUGUUUCUUGGUAUGGCUACGAGUGUGAUUAUCGCCGGGAAGAAUGGUGUUGAAGUUAUGAACAAGUGAGGAAGUUGUUUGAAAGCUUUUUUUUUUCUCCUUUGUAAAAUUUCAAAUUAAAACUCCUUUUUAAUUUCGAUUCAAACAUCAUUCGGACA